AUGGUGAUCCCCCAGGUGGGCAGCAGGGGGCGCGUGGCCGGCGAGUUGCUAGAGCAAAGAAAUAGUCACCCUGAGGACAAGAAGCAGACGCUGUUGGCACUGCUGAUCUUAGUGCUGUAUUUGGGCAUGGGCAUGACAGGAAGAAGUUGGGAUGCAUCAGAGAGAAUCCAGGAAUGUAACUACCCGCAGACCUCUGUGGCUUCCCAGGGCCUGAACUCCCAGGCCGGCAAGCCCUCCGAGGAGCCGAUGAGUGUCCUCAGGAGGUGGCUGGCCGACAAUGUUAGUGUGCUCUUGGAGCGGCUGGAACACGAGGUGCUGGAGCUGGAGCAGCUGGUCCGGGAGCUAGAAGGCUGGCUUGAUGCCCUGCUGGGGGAGCCACAGCCCAAACUACCUUGCUCCACCCUCAGAGACUGUGUGUGA